CUCUUCUUCUUUCUUCUUUUUCUCCGUUAUAAAAAAAAAGUCGUCCUUUGUCCCUCGUUAUUUUUACAUAUAUCGGAAGAUAUAUGGCAGUGGACAUGGUGGUGGCAUCUCCAACUCCAAUUGGCAGUGAAAAAAUCAUAGAGGGGGCCAUUGAGCUGCCUGUAGUAGACCUUUCAUUGGGUGAAAGGUCAGAGAUGUCUAAUCUCAUUGUUAGAGCCUGCGAGAAGUACGGUUUCUUCAAGGUUAUCAACCAUGGAGUAUGCGAAGAAAUUAUAGCCAAAAUGGAAGAAGAAAGCCUCAGAUUCUUCGCGAAGCCUAUUACUGAAAAACAACUGGCUGGGCCAGCUAAUCCCUUCGGCUAUGGCUGCAAAAACAUUGGCUUUAAUGGCGAUACGGGAGAGGUCGAAUAUCUUCUUCUCAACACCCAUCCUCUCUCCAUUUCUCAGAGAUCCAAAACCAUCUCCAAUGACCCCAGCAAAUUCAGCUCUGCUGUGAGUGGUUACAUAGAAGCAGUUAGAGAGCUGGCAUGUGAGCUACUAGAUCUGAUGGCAGAGGGGCUGGGGGUCCCAGACACAUCACUCUUUAGUAGGCUCAUCACAGACGCCGAUAGUGACUCCAUCCUCAGGCUCAAUCACUACCCACCUAUGCCUAUUCUCUGCAAAGAUAAGGACACGUCACCUUCUUACAACACCAACACCAACAGGGUUGGCUUUGGCGAGCACUCUGACCCUCAGAUCUUGACCCUGUUGAGAUCCAACGAUGUGGGUGGCCUACAGAUUUCCUUAAACAAUGGUGUCUGGUUCCCAGUCUCUCCAGACCCCACUGCUUUUUGUGUUAAUGUUGGUGACGUGUUGCAGGCUAUGACGAAUGGAAGAUUUCUGAGCGUGAGGCAUAGAGCCUUAACCAAUUCAUGCGAGUCUAGAAUGUCAAUGGCAUUUUUUGCUGCACCACCUCUCAACACCAGGAUCACAGCACUACCACAGAUGCUCUCAGGCGUUGGAACUUCCUUGUACAGACCAUUCACUUGGGGUGACUAUAAGAAAGCUGCUUAUUCUCUGCGCCUUGGAGACACCCGUCUUGAUCUAUUCAGAAAACAAGGAGAAGAGCUCGCUUGAUGGCCUGUGAGUAGGACGAUGCAUGACCAAUAUCCAAAUAUGGAGGGUUAAAUUUAUGUCCUUUUUGCCCCCCUCAAGGGGAGUUUUGGUUUAGAUUCCAGAGUUACUGCUUAUAAGAAAGAAAUCAAGGAAGGGUUAGCUUGGGACUAGGGAUAUGGUGGAUUUCAAAUGCAUCGUUUAGUAAUCAGUGUAAAAUUUUGGUUUCUUCGAGCCUGCCUACUUCAGCUAGAUAGAUGAGAUUGCAGUUCUGUUAGAGCAGAGGCAGCUAAAAAUAAGACUAUCUUUUUUCCAAUAUAAUUUUUGAAUUUUUUUAUAAUUUGAAAGAGUUUUUUUUUAGGAGUUGAAAGUAAAAAAUUUAAAAUAAAAUAGAAAUGUUUGAAUAAAACCUCCUACUCCAAACAUUAGCUAUUGAUGAAACCAACAAUAAAAAUUGCAACAAACGCUAUAAAAUUUACCCUUGCCCAUAUCCAUACAACAUGCUAGAGUCUCAUAGAACCAGUAAACAUGGUUGAUGCCUGUUUUAUUACCAAAAAUGAAGUCACUUGUUAAUAUUGUUCAUCUGUUUUCCCCCGCCACUACUGUGAAUAGUUUGUUAAGGAGCAUUAACACCUGAACGCGUCUUCCGACUGGUUUU